AUGGAUUUCCACGUAUUUGUCGAUCGCAACGAUUUUCACAGCGGAGACCCAUUUAACGACAGAUCGCUGUUUAAUCUGAUGGGAGACCAGUGGAGGAAAAUGCGAUCAGUGAUAAGUCCGACCUUCUCGAGUGGCAAAAUGCGAGCAAUGCAUCCCAUUAUCAUUGAUUGCGUGAAGAGAUUAGAGGAGUAUUUGGAGAAAAAGGCCGCAAAUAAAGAAGAGUUAGAAAUGAAGAAAAUAAUGGGAAACCUGACGAUGGAUGUGAUCGCUUCGUGCGCUUUCGGCACCAAAAUAGACACACUUAUAUGCCGUUCGGAAUGGGACCCCGAAAUUGUGUGGGAAUGA